AAGAACAAUUAUUUUCUUCUGUCUCUUAAGGCACUCUGUGUUACUUAACUUGAGGUUGCUUGAGUGAACAUUUGAAGAAAUACAGCUCCAAUGGAGCCUUUUUUUCUUUUAUGAAUUGUUAAUGCUCUCUGUUCAUUUAUUUAAUGAAGGGUGGCUCUGAAUUGAAAAUGGUGUAAAUGGGUAUUUGAUUUUGAGGCUCAAUUGAGUUAUUUCUGUUGGGUUUGCACUUAAUUCGAGUGUUACUGCCAUUUUUUUUGGGAUCCGGGUCCUGUGUUUUUAGGGUUUGACCCUCUAAAUAAUUAAUCUUCUUCUUCUUCUUCUUCUUGGGAAAGAAGCUUGUUUUAAUGGCGGAAUAAACCCACAUUGCUGUGUUUCAUCUCGAGCUUUAAUUCUCUCUUCAUUAACAAAUUGGGUUUGAUGCAUCAUUCACUAUGGAAGCCUUUAUCUCACUGUGCUGCUUUGAUUAUGGAUAAAAAGAGUAGAAAAAAAGAUGGGUCGGAUUCAGCGAUGGAUAUCAAGAAACACAAACUGAUUCUUCGAAAACUUGAAGAACACAAGCUUAGAGAAGCUCUUGAAGAAGCUUCUGAAGAUGGGUCUCUCUUCAAAUCGCAAGAUGUGGACUCUGAACCAUUGCCUAACGAUGACAGCAAUGGUCUGGGCCGAUCUCGGUCGCUUGCUAGACUUCAAGCUCAGCGGGAGUUCCUCAAGGCCACAGCUAUGGCGGCCGAUCGUACAUAUGAAUCUGAUGAUGACAUUCCUGAUCUUCAUGAAGCUUUCUCUAAGUUUCUCACAAUGUACCCAAAGUAUCAGUCCUCAGAGAAGAUUGAUCAGCUUCGUUCGAAUGAAUAUUCUCAUUUGGUUAAGGUAUGUCUUGAUUACUGUGGAUUUGGGCUGUUUUCUUAUGUUCAGAGUCUUCAUUAUUGGGAGUCUUCUACAUUUAGUUUGUCUGAGAUUGCUGCAAAUUUGAGUAAUCAAGCUCUUUAUGGUGGUGCUGAGAGAGGGACUGUAGAACAUGAUAUUAAGAGUCGGAUUAUGGAUCAUUUGAACAUACCUGAGCAUGAAUAUGGCCUUGUUUUUACUGUUAGUAGAGGUUCUGCUUUUAAAUUGUUGGCUGAAUCAUACCCUUUCAAUACCAACAAGAAAUUGUUGACUAUGUUUGAUUAUGAGAGUCAAUCUGUGAAUUGGUUGGCUCAAUGUGCUAGGGAUAAGGGUGCUAAAGCAUAUAGUGCUUGGUUUAAAUGGCCAACUUUGAAGCUUUGCUCUACCGAUUUGCGGAAACAGAUAACGAACAAGAGAAGGAAGAAGAAGGAUUCUGUUGGUCUGUUUGUGUUUCCUGUUCAGUCUAGAGUGACUGGUGCUAAGUAUUCAUACCAAUGGAUGGCUUUGGCACAACAGAACAAUUGGCAUGUUUUGCUUGACGCUGGAUCGUUAGGUCCAAAGGACAUGGAUUCACUUGGUUUAUCGCUUUUUCGACCAGAUUUUAUCAUAACGUCGUUUUAUAGGGUUUUCGGGUAUGAUCCUACUGGUUUUGGAUGUCUUCUGAUAAAGAAAUCAGUGAUGGGAAGUUUACAAACUCGGUCUGGAUGUACUGGCUCAGGAAUGGUGAAGAUAACCCCCGAGUAUCCCAUGUACCUGAGUGACUCCAUGGAUGAUCUUGACGGGGUGAGCCGAUUUGAAGACGACCAAGUUGCUGGGGUUGUGGAUAAAACAUCCGAAACUCGUCAGGGGUCGCAACUGCCUGCUUUCUCUGGUGCCUUCACGUCCGCUCAGGUGAGGGAUGUUUAUGAAACAGAGAUGGAUCACGAUAACAGCUCUGACAGAGAUGGAACAAGCACCAUACUUGAGGAAAGUGAGACUAUUUCUCUUGGGGAGGUGAUGAAGAGCCCAGUAUUCAGUGAAGACGAAUCAUCGGAUUGUUCAAUUUGGAUUGACUUGGGACAGAGUCCCUUAGGAUCUGAUAAUGGAGGUCAAAUGUACAAACAGAAAAUUGCUUCUCCCCUGCCUCAGCAUUGGUUAAAAGGAAGGAAGAACAAACUACUCUCACCUAAGCCAACUUCUAAGAUCCACAGUGAACCAACAUACGACAAUGAAAAAGAUUUUAACUUCAGGCCUUGUGAUGAACAACCUGUGCUAUCUUUUGAUGCUGCUGUUCAGUCAGUCUGCCAGGAACUGGAUUGCGUGGAGGAGGUUCCCAAAGAGUUAUUUGCAGAAGCAAGUACCAUGCCGGCUAAUAGCAAAAUCAUCUCCAAUAAUAGAGUUGUUACAGAGAUAGAUGAAGUAACAGAAGCGAGUAAACCACUUUCCAAUGGUUCCUCGAAAAGUUAUACUGUGAACAAUGGAUUUCAUCUCGACAUUUCUACCUCCGAUUUUCGUUAUCGUGGACUAGAAAAUGGUACAACAUCAGAAAUAUGUCCGGAGGUGAAGGAGAGUGCCAUUAGAAGGGAAACAGAAGGUGAAUUCAGGUUGUUAGGGAGAAGGGAUGGAAGCAAACAUGUUGGUGGGAGGUUUUUUGGUUUGGAAGACAGUAAUAUGCAAAGCCGAGGAAGACGAGUUUCUUUUAGAAUGGAAGAGAAUGGUAAGGAGCAGUUAAGCCAUAACAUUGAUCCCGGAGAAGUAUCAGUGACGAGCUUGGAUGAUGAAGAUUAUACCAGCAAUGGGGAGUACGAUGAUGAGGAAGAGUGGAACAGGAGGGAGCCUGAGAUUAUAUGUCGACAUCUCGAUCACAUAAAUAUGUUAGGUCUGAACAAGACAACACUUCGACUUCGAUUUUUGAUAAAUUGGCUCGUGACGUCGUUGCUUCAACUAAAGUUUCCCGGUUCUGAAGGAAGCAACAAAGUGAACCUAGUCCAAAUUUAUGGACCAAAAAUAAAAUAUGAAAGGGGAGCAGCAGUAGCUUUCAAUGUGAGAAACAGAAACAGGGGACUAAUCAAUCCAGAAUUUGUUCAGAAGCUAGCUGAAAGAGACGGCAUAUCCCUAGGUAUUGGAUUCCUGAGCCACAUUCGGGUUUUGGACAGCUCGAAACGGCAAUAUGGUGUUUUAAAUCUUGAAGAGUCAUCCCUAUGCAGGGAAACCAAGAAUGGCAGACGUGGGAAGCACGGAUUUGCACGGCUUGAGGUUGUAACAGCUUCGUUAGGAUUCUUAACAAACUUCGAAGAUGUUUACAAACUGUGGGGAUUUGUGGCCAAGUUCUUAAAUCCUUCCUUUAUCAGAGAGGGAACACUUGCUCCUGUUGAGGAAGGUUCUGAAACAACUUGAAGCUGCAGUUGCUAUUGGUGAUUUGUUCAUAGAGAGUUAAAGGAAUCGAUCAUUUUUUUAAUUAUUUGAAUUUCCAUCUGCUAGGAUUCUAGGAUAUGCCUCUUGAAUGCAAGCAGAAAGCUGUCAAUUUAUGUUUAUAAUUGGGUUAGAUUUAGAUUGUGUCUCCUUUGAGACUAUUGUAGAGAGAGGGAGCUUUGGGAAUUUGUCAUCUUGAAGAGGUUAUGUAAACUUUUGGCUAUUCCACAUUUACACAUUGGCCAUAUAUGUUAUAAUUUGAAUGAAGCCUUUUCUUGCUUGCUUCAAUUUUUCA